ACUGAAUACUAUUGAUACAGUAACUAAUGGUAGUUUGUGCUUUGAAUGCUGCUAUUUUAAGAUUAGGUAGCGUUCAGUAUAGCAGGCAGAGGAACCAGCGCUGGGCUCCGGAGAGGGAGGGCCGGGCUGAUGAAUAACUGUUGACGUUACAUUUUCCUGUUUCACAGCUAGCCCUGUAAUGUAUUCAUUCAUAAAGCAGGAGUCACCUGCUCUGCCGACAGCCAGCACUGACUGACCAGCUUCAACUGACACAAACAAUGGCCUCCUCAGCGACCAUGCUACCACAAGAACAGUUCCAGUGCACCAUCUGUCAGCAGGUGUUCAACAACCCGGUGACCACUCCUUGCGGACACAACUUCUGCCAGGCCUGCCUCCAGAGCACGUGGGACAGCAGCUCUGUCUGCCAGUGUCCCACCUGCAACAAGUCGUUCACCUCCCGGCCUGAAAUCAGCAUCAACACUGCCUUCAAAGAGCUGGCAGACACGUUCAGACAGAUGAUAGUCUGCUCCUCUGCCUCGCCGCUGUCUGCAGCCAAACCAGGCGAGGUGGUGUGCGACGUCUGCGCGGCCACGACCCGGCAGGUGAGGGCCCUGAAGUCCUGCCUGGUGUGUCUGACGUCGUACUGCGAGGCCCACCUGGAGCCUCACCAGAGAGUCGCCACCCUGAAGCUGCACAAGCUCAUCGAGCCGGUGGGGAACCUGCAGGAGCGGAUGUGUGAGAAGCACGAGAGGCUGCUGGAGAUGUUCUGCAGGGACGAACAGAAGUGUGUGUGUCAGUUCUGCACCGAGACCGAGCACAAAGGCCACCAGGCUGUCAGAGUGGAGGACGAGAGCGGCCAGAGGAAGCUCCAAAUGAAGAAGACUGAAGAAGGUUUUCAACAGAUGAUCCAGGAGCGACUGAAGAAAGUGGAGGAGAUCAAAAACUGUGUGAAGCUCAGCACAGUGAGUGCAGAGAAGGAGAUGGCCGAGAGCGACCGCCUCCUGGCGUAUCUGAUCGGCUCCAUCCAGGAAAGACAAACCGAAGUCCACACAGAGAUCGAGGAGAAGCAGAAGGCAGCAGAGAGGAGGGCCGAGGAGCUCGUCGAUGAGCUGCAGCAGGAAGUCACGGAGCUGCAGAGGAGGAACACUGAGCUGGAGGAGCUGAGGAGCACUGAGGACCACCUGCACCUCCUACAGCGGCUGCCCUCCCUUACGUCGCCUCCGCCCACCAGACAGUGGACAGAGAUCAGCGUCCAUCCUGAGCUCUGCGUGGGGACGCUGAGGAGGACGCUGUCUAAGCUGGACGACAGCCUGAAGAAAGAGCUGGACACUUUGAAGGAAGACGAGAUGACGAUGAUGCAGAAAUACGCAGUGGACGUGGUGUUGGACCCGGACACCGCCCAUCCCAACAUCGUCCUGUCUGCUGACGGGAAGCAGGCGGGUCGCGGCGAGCUGCUGCACAUCGUUCCUGACUACCCGCAACGCUUCGACCCAGUCAUCUGCGUUCUGAGCAAGAAAGGCUUCCUGUCUGGGAGAGUCUACUUCCAGGUGGCAGUCGGCCAGAAGACCUUCUGGGACCUGGGUGUGGUCAAAGAGUCCGUCAACCGGAAGGGCAUGAUCACCUCCAAGCCGGAGAACGGCUUCUGGACGGUGCGUUUGAGGAACGGUAACGAGUAUCGCGCUCUGGACUCCCCGUCUGUGGUCAUCUCUCUGAAGGAGAAGCCUCAGACUGUGGGGGUGUUCAUGGACUACGAGGAGGGAACAGUGUCGUUCUUCGACGUGGAGAACAGAGUUCACAUCUACACCUUCACCAGCUGUUUGUUCUCAGAGAGGGUCUUCCCGUUCCUCAGCCCGGGGGUUUGUGACGAAGGGAAGAACACAUCGCCGCUGAUUAUCACGGCAGCCAAUCACAAGAAAUAGACUUGAAACUGGGGUUUCUCCUACAAAACGGAUUUAGUAUUUAAUAGUAGAGUCUUCUGUAUUUGGGUUCUAAUGUACAAAUCUGAACGUUUUGCAGUGAUUUUGAUUAUCUGCUCAGAAUGGGGACACUGGUGGCUUUCUCUAAUGUAUAUACUUGCGUUGACUGAGCUAGCUUUCCAGUUUGAAGGUUUUUUUUGCACAAACAUUGGUUUGGUCGCCAGUUUAUCUGGGUUGGACUUUUACCUCUGAUGUGUGAUUUUAUAGCAGCUCCUGUGGAUCAGAAUUCAGUAUGAAGGUAAUCCACAUUCAGUAUGAAGUGCAGCUCACACCAGACCAGCAUUACACACCAACAGACUCAAAGCUCUGAGGAAACACAGCGAACUCCGACCACACCGCUGCUGAUGUUAUGGAGUUCACAUCGUGUUUUCUUUGUGUUUAAACCUCCCCAGCGAUGAAACACAACCGUUGACAUGAACGAUCAUUAACAAUUAGCCUCAAAACUAAGUAAACUCACCUGUUCGUCAUCAGUGUUACGUUCAAAGGCAACAAAGUCUCCAUGAUGCUCUUUAAUUAGGAGGUGGUUCUUCCUUCUUUAUGUCGUUCUUUGAAGUACGGACGGUUCUUUUUGAUUUAAAGUCGUGACUCGAUAAUCUGACCCUUAACAAUCCAAAACCUGCUCUCUGACAUGUUUUAGGAA